AUAACAAAAAGGAAACCUCGCGCUGAUAAACCUCGCUCUCCGGAGUCUUUCCCGCCGCCUUCCUCUCACGCCCCGGAAUACGAGAGACCCCCCAGCAACCCCGGCCUCCUUCCCCCUCCCACGGAUGCGCCCUUCCCUCCGACACUCGAAAUCGUACAGCCCGGAGGGCCGAGCUCCCCGGUCUUCCAAAAUGGGUGCUCAGGCCUCGGCCCGCCUCCCCUCGCGUCCCCCUAGCCACAGUGAAGGAGUUGAGCGCCCACACCUCCUAUGAAACACGGGGUGGAGGGGGGUGUGUCUGAAAUGAGAGAUGCAGGGUUGGGUGCAGACGUUGCUCGGGAGGGUCUUGAUCCGGCUCAAGAGCUGCCCCUAGCGUGCUGUGGGGCCAGGCCACUCUCCUCAAAGACAGGCACAGGCCCUAGAAAGGGACAGCCCAUACCAAACCCAGUAGCAGAUGGAGGACUGCAGGGUUUAAUUUCUUGCAAACUAGAUAAAGUUUUUCCUGUCUGUGCCUGAGAUCUGAUAUUUUUAUGACAGUUAUUGAUGCACAUCCAUUGUGGGGAACCUUCCAAUUUUCUAGGUAACCAACUGCACAGGUUUUGUGUUGUGGCAAGGAAAGAUUAGAGGGCAAGAAGUGUCGCCUUUAUAUUCUGUGGCAUCAUUCCUCAAGUAAGAAGAAUGAUCUCAUUCUUAAUACGUCUACAGGAAUCUGGAGUGGUGUGACUUCUGCCCCUUUCUUUGGAGAGAAGGGACUAAAUAAAAGACUUAAUUUUCAGGCCAGAGAUCAGUAAAGUAGAUCUUCGGAGUGUGCGGGACAAGUUGUCAGGACAGAAUUAUAGCAAGAAACGUAAUCACAGGUGGAAAACCACGGGAUUUGUGUUUCAAAGCCAGUACCUUGGCUUAAUUCAGAAGUGACAGUAAAAGUUGAUACAAGGAGAUGAUAAUAAUGAUAAUAAUAAUAGUAUAGCACCUUGCGUUUUAUAGCAGUCAUUUCUAAGAAGCGUGAAAGAUUUUAUGUGAUUUUUAAAAAUUCUUGGAUCUUACAAGACUCAGUAGGCAGGAAUUACUUCUGUCAUUUAAAGGAACAAAAACCAAAGCACAAGAAUGAUAAUGAGAUUUGGUUAAGGUAAGUCUAAGUGUCCCAAAGUCUUUGGAGUUUGGGUCCAGUGCGCUUCCUUACUAGGGGGUGGGGGGAUGUCUAUGAGCAUUCUAGAACAGGCUUUGAAUAGAUAGCCUUUGUGAACCAUGCUUUGGAAUGCAGAGGGAGUCAGUACUUUUAUGAAUAUACAUCGUGCUAUUUGCUGUUUCCCGUAAAGAAAUAUCUCUUAAUGUGAUCUCCCACAUUUUCGAAGCAAAAAGGUUGUCACUCCUGUGAAAGUCAGGAUGCAUCAAAGCAAUCUUCACAGCAUUUGUCGCUCCAACGAAGAGCCUGGCCCAACUAGAGAAUCUGUGCAAACAGCUGUAUGAAACCACAGACACAACCACUCGACUCCAGGCAGAGAAAGCCUUGGUUGAAUUUACCAACAGCCCUGAUUGCCUGAGCAAGUGCCAGCUACUCCUCGAAAGAGGAAGUUCCUCUUACUCCCAGUUACUGGCAGCUACAUGCCUUACCAAGCUUGUAUCACGCACAAACAACCCCCUACCAUUGGAACAGCGAAUAGAUAUUCGGAACUAUGUGCUCAACUACCUUGCCACUCGGCCGAAGUUGGCUACUUUCGUGACACAAGCACUUAUUCAGUUAUAUGCCAGAAUCACAAAACUGGGCUGGUUUGACUGUCAGAAGGAUGACUAUGUCUUCAGAAAUGCAAUCACAGACGUCACAAGGUUUUUACAGGAUAGUGUUGAAUACUGCAUCAUUGGUGUCACAAUUUUAUCUCAGCUAACCAAUGAAAUUAAUCAAGCAGACACCACCCAUCCUUUAACCAAGCACAGAAAAAUAGCCUCUUCUUUUCGCGAUUCAUCAUUAUUUGAUAUCUUCACACUUUCCUGCAAUUUACUAAAACAGGCUUCAGGAAAGAAUCUAAACUUGAAUGAUGAAAGUCAGCAUGGCUUGCUCAUGCAACUGCUCAAGCUCACUCAUAACUGCCUCAACUUUGACUUCAUCGGCACUUCCACUGAUGAGUCCUCAGACGACCUGUGUACAGUGCAGAUUCCCACCAGCUGGAGAUCAGCCUUCUUAGAUUCUUCAACCCUGCAGCUGUUUUUUGACCUGUAUCAUUCCAUCCCUCCUUCAUUUUCACCUCUGGUAUUAUCCUGCUUGGUACAGAUCGCUUCAGUCAGAAGAUCCCUGUUUAACAAUGCAGAGAGGGCCAAGUUUCUCUCUCAUCUUGUUGAUGGUGUUAAACGAAUACUGGAAAACCCACAGAGUUUAUCAGACCCAAACAAUUACCAUGAGUUUUGCAGACUACUGGCCCGAUUGAAGAGUAACUAUCAACUGGGAGAAUUGGUAAAGGUGGAAAACUACCCUGAGGUCAUCCGAUUGAUAGCCAACUUCACAGUGACCAGCCUACAGCACUGGGAAUUUGCUCCAAAUAGUGUGCACUAUCUUCUGAGCCUGUGGCAGCGGCUGGCAGCCUCUGUGCCGUAUGUCAAAGCCACAGAGCCCCACAUGCUGGAAACUUACACUCCUGAGGUCACCAAAGCCUACAUCACAUCCCGGUUGGAAUCUGUGCACAUCAUACUGAGAGAUGGCCUGGAAGAUCCCCUGGAGGAUACGGGGCUGGUCCAGCAGCAGUUGGACCAGCUGUCCACCAUUGGGCGUUGUGAAUAUGAGAAGACGUGUGCACUCCUCGUGCAGUUGUUUGACCAGUCGGCCCAGUCGUACCAGGAGCUGCUACAGAGCGCCAGCGCAAGCCCAAUGGACAUUGCAGUGCAGGAGGGAAGGCUGACAUGGCUGGUUUACAUUAUUGGAGCAGUGAUCGGUGGCCGGGUUUCUUUUGCCAGCACUGAUGAGCAAGACGCCAUGGAUGGUGAGCUUGUCUGUCGGGUGCUCCAGCUGAUGAACCUAACAGAUUCUCGUUUGGCCCAGGCGGGUAAUGAGAAGCUAGAGUUGGCCAUGCUGAGCUUUUUUGAACAGUUUCGUAAGAUCUACAUUGGGGACCAAGUGCAGAAAUCCUCUAAGCUGUACCGCCGACUCUCAGAAGUUCUGGGCUUGAAUGAUGAGACCAUGGUCCUAAGCGUCUUCAUAGGAAAAAUCAUCACCAACUUGAAGUACUGGGGCCGUUGUGAACCAAUCACCUCCAAGACACUACAGCUUCUCAAUGACCUCUCCAUUGGGUACAGUAGUGUAAGGAAGCUAGUGAAGCUUAGUGCGGUACAGUUCAUGCUGAACAAUCACACGAGCGAGCACUUUUCAUUUUUGGGUAUUAACAAUCAGUCCAACCUGACAGACAUGCGGUGUCGGACUACCUUCUACACAGCACUUGGGCGUCUCCUCAUGGUGGAUUUAGGAGAGGAUGAAGAUCAGUAUGAGCAGUUCAUGCUGCCACUCACAGCAGCAUUUGAGGCUGUGGCCCAGAUGUUUAGCACCAAUAGUUUCAACGAGCAGGAGGCAAAGCGAACUCUAGUUGGCCUAGUAAGAGACCUGAGAGGGAUCGCUUUCGCUUUCAAUGCCAAGACCAGCUUCAUGAUGCUCUUUGAAUGGAUAUAUCCAUCCUAUAUGCCAAUUCUCCAGCGGGCAAUUGAGCUCUGGUACCAUGAUCCAGCCUGUACUACACCUGUACUCAAGUUGAUGGCUGAAUUGGUUCAUAAUAGGUCCCAGCGACUCCAGUUUGAUGUCUCUUCCCCCAAUGGCAUCUUACUCUUCCGAGAAACCAGCAAGAUGAUAACAAUGUAUGGCAAUCGCAUCCUGACACUAGGAGAGGUCCCAAAGGAUCAGGUCUAUGCUCUGAAGCUCAAGGGCAUCUCCAUCUGCUUCUCCAUGCUGAAGGCUGCUCUCAGUGGGAGUUACGUCAAUUUCGGAGUCUUUCGUCUCUAUGGAGACGAUGCCCUGGACAAUGCUCUGCAGACCUUCAUCAAGCUGCUCCUCUCUAUUCCUCACAGUGAUCUCUUGGAUUACCCCAAGCUCAGCCAGUCUUAUUAUUCACUACUGGAAGUCCUUACCCAGGACCAUAUGAACUUUAUUGCAAGCCUGGAACCUCACGUCAUCAUGUAUAUUCUCUCUUCCAUUUCUGAAGGACUUACUGCACUUGACACCAUGGUAUGCACAGGCUGCUGCUCCUGCCUGGACCACAUUGUGACAUACCUCUUCAAGCAGCUGUCACGUAGCACCAAGAAGAGGACCACACCCCUGAACCAGGAGAGCGACCGCUUUCUGCACAUCAUGCAGCAGCAUCCAGAGAUGAUCCAGCAGAUGCUGUCCACGGUGCUGAACAUCAUCAUCUUUGAAGACUGUAGGAACCAGUGGUCUAUGUCCCGACCACUACUUGGCUUGAUAUUGCUUAAUGAAAAGUAUUUUUCUGACCUAAGAAACAGUAUUGUGAACAGCCAGCCACCAGAGAAGCAGCAGGCCAUGCACCUGUGUUUUGAGAACCUGAUGGAAGGCAUCGAGCGAAAUCUUCUUACGAAAAACAGAGACAGGUUCACCCAGAACCUGUCAGCAUUCCGUCGAGAAGUCAACGACUCGAUGAAGAAUUCCACUUAUGGCGUGAAUAGCAAUGACAUGAUGAGCUGACACCUCCUUGGACUCUACCUGUACAGAGCAGCGUCCCUUUGGUUUGGCCCAGAGGGGCGAACAAUUGCAAGGGAGAGGUCCUGGCUGAUCCUGGCUCUUUUCUCCAGGGGUGUGGGGAAAAUGGCAAAGGUCAACUAGCUGCUUCCCCAGGGAAUAGGGGUGUGAGUACACUCACUAGGGGGCAGGGCGCUGCUGGUUCCUGGGGGACUGGGUGGGAAGGGUGGUGGGAGGAGAUAAGAGAUACAAACUGAGACUCCAGCCUCUCCUCCUGGGGCCACCCAAGUGGGGAGAACCCCUAGUGUCCUGCCACAACCUGCCUUGUAUAAACAUGUACAUUUUUUCAUAACAUUUUGAACAAGGUUUAUAUUGACUCAAGUUUAAAAACAAAAAGUGUGACUGAAAAAUUUUUACAGAGUCUAGUGCACCAAUGCUGAUGUGAGGGGUUGUGUAUGCGAGUGAAGAAAAUGUGUAUUCUGGUGGCCUGAAGCUUUACUGGACAAGGAUGUGUGAGAGUGCAGAGAUAUAUUUAGUGACACAGUAGAGAGGCAAAAAAAAAAAAAAAAAGCUAAAAUUCCAAAUGUAUAUUUUUUCGUAUUGCCCUGUCCUCACCCAGAAAUGAUCAAUUCCUGUUACUGUAUUAACCCUUGUUAUUAGGAACUCUAAGCCAUGCCAGAACACCGUCCCUCCCCUUGGACCGUAUAGAUUCUGCCCUGGGUCCCUAGCCCCUUGCAGUGAUAAAUAACUCCAGCUAAAAGUGUUUGGUGUUCUUAUCUCCACCCUCUUUCCUACUUUGCUUACCCUCAUCCUCAGACAGAUGCCUCUUGCUUUUAAAAGUUGGAUUUAACGACAUGUUGUAGGGUUCUUGGUCUGUGUGAAGGCAGAGACCAGAGAGAAGGAAGUGAGCCCACUGCUCUCCUGGGGAGCGAUGUGGGUGAGUCCACCAGAGGCCCUGCUGUGUGUGGCCAAUAAAUUUUAGUCUUCCCCAGCCCUCGAGGCAGUGUGUGUGGAUGUAUGCGUGUGGAUAUUUAUAUAUGUACCCUGCACUCAUGAAUGUAUGAACUGGAGGAAGUUACUACAGUGGAAGGGUUCUUAAUAACAAGGUCUACCUAGCAUGAAGUAUUUAACAUUCUCCCACCCCUUAAAAAAUAUACAUUUUUAUAAAAUGAAAACCAUAAUAAAUGUUUUGAAUAUUAAAAAAAAUAAUAACCUACAGAGGAAAAUUAAUGGAGAAAGCUAUUUGCCUUGUACUUUUUCCACAAUUGUUGCUGCUAGUUGUACACAUCUCUAGUUCAGCUCUUGCCCACGGGACACUCAUCAAUUAGGUUUUAUUUUUAUUUCUUUCCUCUACCCCCAGAAACAAGCCUGUUAAUUUUUUUUCCUUCUCCUCUGGCGACUGUGUGAUGAAUCCUUUCUUGCGUGAUCAGGUUGCGGAUAGACUUGUAAGGGUGUUUGCUGCAUACAGUGUAAGCAUUGUGACCGCCAAUAAACUUCAAUGGUUUCUACUGA